AUGGAGUUUCGGCAGGACUGUUUAGUGAUGAAGUGCAUCAUGACAUCCCGCAGCAGGCCCACAUCCCCCGAACAGGACACCUCCAUGCCUGGUGGCCUUGGCAGCGUCAGGAGCUGCUGGCCGAGCUGCAGGCCCGGCUGUGCCCCUCCUGCCCGCGCUGUUGGGCGAAUUCGCGGUGGCACCGAGGUGCUGAUCGUCAGCCAGCCCAGGCAGAAGCAGUAUGUAAACCCGAUGCUGAACCAUCCCAAUGUGGUGGCUGCCCGUGAUGUCCCUGAAGGGAUGCAGAAGCUUGCACCAAAUGACUUGCCACUGCUGGCCAUGGAGUACUGCCAAGGUGGAGACCUCCGCAAGUACCUGAAUCAGCUGGAGAAUUGCUGUGGCUUGCGGGAAGAAGCUAUUCUCAUCUUGUUAUCUGAUAUUGCUUCUGCUCUCAGGUACCUGCAUGAAAACAGGAUCAUCCACAGAGACUUGAAACCAGAGAACAUUGUGCUGCAGCAAGGAGAGCAAAGGUUAAUACACAAAAUCAUUGACCUUGGUUAUGCUAAGGAGUUGGAUCAGGGUAGCCUCUGUACAUCCUUUGUUGGAACUCUGCAGUACUUGGCUCCAGAACUGCUGGAACAGCAGAAAUAUACGGUGACGGUGGAUUACUGGAGCUUUGGCACAUUGGCCUUUGAGUGCAUUACAGGCUUUCGACCAUUCCUACCCAACUGGCAGCCAGUGCAAUGGCAUACAAAAGUGCGACAGAAGAGUGAGAUGGAUAUUGUCGUUUCAGAAGACUUAUCUGGAGAAGUCAAAUUUUCUAGCAGUUUACCCUGCCCGAACAAUCUAAACAGGUAAGGACUAGAAAUCUGGAGUCUGGAGAAAUGGCUGCAACUGAUGUUAAUGUGGCACCCACGGCAGAGAGGUACAGAUCCUACAUAUGGACCCAAUGGGUGCUUUAAAGCUUUGGAUGACAUUUUGAACUUGAAGUUGCUUCAUGUUUUGAACAUGGUUACGGGAAUCGUACACACCUACCCUGUGACAGAGGAGGAGACUCUGCAGACUGUGAAGGCUAGGAUCCAGUCAGAUACAGGAAUCCCAGAACAGGACCAGGAGCUACUGCAGGAAGCUGGACUUGCAUUGUUUUCUCAGAAGUUGGCCAGUAAACAUAUAGCCGAUAGCAAGGUGAAUGAUACUGCAGCUGCAGACACAGACCUCCUCUUCCUCUUCGAUAACCAGAAAGUUGCCUAUGAGGCUCAGGUUGCCUUGCGUCCUCAUCCAGAAAGUGUUGACUGCAUCCUUCAGGAUCCAAAGAAGAAUCUCCACUUCUUCCAGUUGCGUAAAGUGUGGGGUCAGAUCUGGCACACAAUCCGGAUGCUGAAAGAGGACUGUAACCGGCUUCAGCAGGGGCAGCGAGCAGCCAUGAUGAAUCUGUUGCGUUACAAUAGUACCCUCUCAAAGAUGAAGAAUUCUAUGGCAUCCCUUUCCCAACAGCUGAAAGCAAAGCUGGACUUCUUUAAAACAAGCAUUCAAAUCGAUCUGGAGAAGUAUAAAGAACAGAUUGAAUUUGGAAUUACUUCUGAGAAGCUGCUGUUUGCUUGGAAAGAGAUGGAGCAAGCUGUGGAACUUUGUGGGCGGGAGGAUGAUGUGGAUCAGCUAGUGAAGAGGAUGAUGGCCCUGCAGACAGACAUUGUGGACCUGCAGAGAAGCCCACUAGGUCGUAAACAAGGAGGAACACUGGAGGAUUUAGAAGAACAAGCCAGAGAGCUGUACCGGAGAUUGAGAGAGAAGCCAAGAGAUCAGAGGACAAGCGGUGACAGCCAAGAAAUAGUACGACUGCUCCUACAGGCAAUCCAGACCUUUGAAAAAAAAGUCCGAGUCAUUUAUGCUCAGCUCAGUAAAACUGUAGUUUGCAAGCAGAAGGCACUGGAAUUGUUCCCCAAAGUGGAGAAAGUGAUGAACCUGAUGAAUGAAGAUGAGGAAACAGUUGUUAGGCUUCAGGAGAAACGACAGAAAGAAUUGUGGAACUUGCUGAAAAUUGCUUGUAGUAAAGUACGCGGUCCUGUUACUGGCAGUCCAGAGAGCAUGAACACAUCACGUCUUGGUAGCCCUGGUCAGCUGCUGCUGCAGGUACCUUCUGGAACCUACAAUUUAUCAGAAUCUGUCAGGAAAAGUGAGGAGCUACUGCUGGAAUCACAGAAACUCUGUAGCCAACUAGAAAAUGUGAUGCAUGACACAAUGAAGGAUCAGGAGCAGAGCUUCAUGGCUCUAGACUGGAGCUGGCUGCAGCUACAGGUGGAAGAAGCAAAUAGUCCAGCACAAACGCAGAUGUAA